AUGCCGCAAGCUCCUGCACCUUUCGACGCGCGUACGGCGGAUGUGAUAGUGCGUUCGUCAGAUGCGGUCGACUUCCGCGUUCGCAGCAGGAUCCUCUCCGAAGCCUCUCCGUUCUUCGAAACCAUGUUCACUCUUCCGCAGAAAGACGGAACUGAAAUUUCAGAAGAUUCCCUUCCAGUAGUAACGGUCACCGAGGAUGCCCAAGUAUUGGACAAGCUUCUCCGCAUCUGCUAUCCUAUUGUCAAGCCACCGUUGUCAGACCUGGAGGAGAUCGAGGAAGUCUUAGCCGCAUCAAUCAAGUACGACAUGGAGUUCGCGAAGUCGUAUUGCGUCAAGGCGCUUUUGGACUCGUCAGACACGCACGAGCGCUCUCUUACAGUCUAUGCUAUCGCAAUCAAGCUCAGGCUACCCACUGAGGCUCAUACGGCUGCGAGGCAAUGUCUAUCAUACGCAUUUAACUCUAUCGAGACCAGUGCCGGAGGAUUGCCGUCGUGCUGGAGGGAGUUUCGAGUGGACGAGGAAUGCUACCGUAAAUAUGCUCUGAAAGAGGUGGAGACCACACCGUGCGGUGCCGCCAUUCGCAAGAGUAGGCUCCUGGACUUGACAGAGGUAUUAGCCCCCCACGAAAAGCCAGACUGUCUGGAGUGUUUGGAUCAAGUACUAUGGGCUCUACGUGAUAUCAAGGAGGAGUUGGCGGCUGAUAUAGAUGGCAGCAUCGCAUCCGUUGAGCUUAAACUCUCUCUAUGA